AUGGACAACAUGAACUCGUUUGUGGAAUACUCUUUCUGUAACAGACCGGGCACCGGCGCGUAUUCUGCGCCCAAAUCUGGACACCACCAUCAUCUCCAUCACCAUCACCAUCCUCUGGACCAGCAUCAGAGCUUCCCGGUGACCUCCGGCGCCUUCCACACGGGAUCCACCGGCUCCCCAUCACCCGUUAAUGGGACGAGAAAUGACAGCACGAGUUACACCGGGGAUGGACGGCUGUACGCGGGCACCGGAGCGGGCACGGGCGGUGGAGGAGUGCAUGGGACCACAGGGGCGGCCCAGCAUCAUCAGCAGCGUCCACAUCAUCAUCAUCAUCAUCAUGAGCAGCAGCAGCUUCAGCAAACGCACAACGGCUACCAUCAUCAUCCCCACCUUCACCAGACUCAAAGCUUACAAAGCGGAAUAUUACAUUCCUAUAAUAACGGGAAUAACGGCAACACCGGGGCCUAUGCAGGACAGACAUGUGCUACAAACUCGGAGUAUGUUGCGGCGACGGGCCCUCCCAACACUGUUCACACUCAGUAUUUCAUGGAGGAGCCUGUGGCCUCCACCUACUAUCAUCAAUCAACCUUCCCUAGCUCGGCCCCCACCGUCGGCCCCAGCUACGGGGCCCUGCCCGGGGCCUACUGCGGGCCUCAGGGCGCACUGGCAGGCUCUCAGUACCCGCAGCAGCUCGGCGGCGGUCUGGAUGCAGCGGGCUACCUGGGGCUUCCACACGGAGGAGGUUACGGGGAGCUGCCGGUCUCUCAGGACCGAGAGAGAGGGGAUGAGGAGGGCCAGCAGGCCGGGCAGGGGCAGACCUUCGACUGGAUGAAGGUGAAGAGGAACCCACCUAAGACAGUCAAAGUGGCGGACUUCGGCCUCGCGGGCGCCCACAACAACGCCAUGCGCACCAACUUCAGCACGCGGCAGCUGACGGAGCUGGAGAAGGAGUUCCACUUCAGCAAGUACCUGACGCGGGCGCGGCGCGUGGAGAUCGCCGCCACGCUGGAGCUCAACGAGACGCAGGUGAAGAUCUGGUUUCAGAACAGGCGCAUGAAGCAGAAGAAGCGCGAGCGGGAGGGCGCGUCCGCCACGGCUCGCUCCUCCUCCUCCGGUACCGGCGGCGACGGCGGCGGCUUCAACAAGGACCUGGAGGACACCGAUCACUCAUCCGCGUCCACGUCUCCAGGCGCGUCCCCGAGCUCGGAGACGUAA